GGGUUUCAGAGCACUGAAAGACAGCUGUAAAUAUGACUUCAUUCUUCCGUGACUUUAUCCCAAGAGGGCUAGAAUCCUUCAAAGCCCUUUGCAAGUGUUAAUUUACCCAACUUUCCCCACAGAGAUAGAAAGGGCUCUGUAGAAAUGAUGCCAUUUGAGUAUUGUUGGGUUAUAAAGCAAUGUAAUGGUGGUGACUGUAGGUGGGAUGCUGAGGGGACUAAGGAAAUAGGGCUACUGGGAACUCAAAUCAAGAGGCAGGAACAAAUGGGACCUACCUCAUCCUAUUGUGGUGCAGAGUGGAUCUAUUUGUUGCCCUCUGUGAGGAAAAGAGCUGUUCAAACUACAGGCUUACAUGACUAAUGGAUUUAUUUAGCCAACUGGCAAUUUCUGUUUACCUGUCAAGCAAAAUAUAAAUAUAAGUCAUUGUAAGGGGAAUUACUUUUUUGCGUUCCAAAUUACUAUGAUUUGAAAUGCAAUUAGCUGUUUAGACAAAUCAGUUUUAAUCUUUAUGAGGAGGAAACUGUUGAGCAGUGGGUGGAGUAGAAUGGAUAGGGUUGCAGUCCACGGGAUUGAAUUACCCACAAGAAAUGGGCAGCUUCCUUUCGCUUUUAUUGUUCCUAAUAGAAUCUGUUUUCAUUAAGGAGAAGCCACCAGCUCUCCUUACAGGCACACCCACAUAUGCAUGAGUCAGGCUAUUCACUGACAGCUUUUGCUUUUAUUCACGAGGAUGUGACCACAUGAAGCAUACAUGUGCUUCACUACCAGCCCAUGAACAUGAGUAUUUACAUAUAGAUACUGUGUUCCACCUCUGUCCACACAAUGCACUGAAAUUCAAGUAAGUCUACUGAGCUAGCUCAGAUGGCAGCAGCCAUUGCAUAACCUGCAGGUUUGCCAUGGACAUUUGGAGUGGUUCUUAAGUGACAGUGAAAAAUGUAAUGACAUUGGAUUUUUAUUCUGAACAUUUUAAUGGACUUUUACAGAGCAGGUUCAGGAAAAUUAAGUUCAUAGAAGUCGGUUUUUGACUUAAAUAUGUUUAUUACAUUUAUUGGUUUUUAAUUAAAGACAGGUUUUCUUUAUUGAAUUAACUAAACAGCAAGGCCACACAGAGGUGCUGAUAGCUUCUUAAUGGAAUCUGUUUGAAAGUAAGCCUUUCCCCCCUUUGCAGUUCUCCCGCUAUCUCUGCCAAAUUGCAUGCAUUUUGGCAGAAUGGGAGAGGCUCUUCGGUUUUGAAGCACAAUGUCAAAAUGUCUCUUGAGAAAGGCAUCAAUAGGAAUGGAUUCUUCCCUUUCACUCCAGAGGGCAGGUCAACUCAAGGAGAAGAUAGUCAUGCCCUCCAUUCUAGAAUGAGCCACUGAGUUAACACCACGUCAAUGAGAAAAGGGCUUUUUUAAAAGUUUUUCUCCCCGGGCUGGAUAGAUGGUUCACUGAGUGAAGAUGCUUGUUGCUCCAUCUGAUCACCUGAGUUCAGUUCAUGGGACCCACAUAGUGGAAGGAGAAAACUGACUCCUGCAAGUUAGCCUCCACAGGGAUGCACACAUAAACACUAAAUAAAUAUAAUUAACCUUCAGGAGAAUCCUUAUUGGAUCCUUUAAGGACAUGGGUCUUUUCUUGAGAAUACAGAGCUUGGAGACUCAUUCAGUAUACACUGGCACUUCAACUUGCCUAGGGUACUUCUUACCCUUGAGUGGUCACUAGGUUUCCACAGAGGGCCAUUUCAGAACAGAUCUCAAGCUGUCCGUCCAGCUCUUUGUUUGGAUGGGUCUAGAAUGAGUAUAACCCUAGCAUCUGUAGAAUGGGUGUAACUCUAGUACCUGUAUUCCUAAUAUGUCCCCAGUGGAAGCUGGUGCAACUCUACAAUUCUCAGUGAGUUGACAAUGACCACACUGUAAAAAGGCAGGCUCUGUAAAGAACACACCUGCAAUCUGGUUGUUUCUGGCAUCACAUCCUGAUGAGACCAGUAGUGUGUAUCUGUGAACAAAUGGAGAAGCUGCAUCCUUCCAUUUUUUAAGGUAAGUAUGAGAGUCUACUCAUGAAAACCAUUCAUCUGAUAGAGGCCUGUUGUCUGGUCUUCAUGACCACAGGUUUGGUUUAGUUCAUCAUUUCCACUUCACAACACAGCAAAAGCAGCACAUAGUAGGCAUUCAGAUACUUUCUGAGCAAAGACAUGAAUUGCAUGUAGUGUUACUAGGAAUGCUCUUUCAGUGGGUGCACAGACUGGGCUGUUGUUGUUGUUGUUGUUGUUGUUGUUGUUGUUGUUGUUGUUUAGUUAGCUAUCAAUCAUGGCAUGCUUUGUAACAAAUUAACCCCGAAUGCAGCUGAUUAUACAUGAAGUUAUCCAAGCCUUGGUUCUAUGCUAAUGAACUGGAGUUUGGCUGCUCCACACUAAGCACAGCUAGAUGCCUUUUCUCUGUGCUUCUCUAAUGCAUGGCAUGACCACAGCUUAGGAAUUGGGUCCAGGUACAAGUGGCAGCAGCUAACAUGGGGCAAGUGUCCUUAUAGUGUAAAGGUCAGUCAGUGACACAGGUGCCCACCAGGUCUCUGCCUGCAGCAUGCUCAUUCCUGCAUGUCAGUCACAUAGCCAAUCCCAAGGUCAUCAGUCAGGCAAAGGUCAUAGCUCUGAAACUCUUGUGGGUGAGAGGAUGUCUGCUAGCUAAUAGCCCAGUCUGUCAUGGUUUGAGUAUGGAAAUGAUGGCUUGCCUCAAAGAUGAAUCGUAAGGCUAGAAAUAAAUGGCUUACAAUUAGAGUCCUGUGUAUUCAACUUUACUGAGGUCUCUUACUUUCUUCCCAACCCCUCCUCUCCAAAAAUGAGCAGUUGAAGAAAACAUCACUCAAAUGCAGAAAGAAUUGAAGAGAGAUUAAAACUUGGCUGGUGCAAGGCCCUGGGUUCGGUCCCCAGCUCCAAAAAAAAGAACCAAAAAAAAAAAAAAAAAAAAAAACUUGGCUGGUUUUACAGCAAGUUUUUAAUUGAGUUAAAGUACGUCUUUUUCUUUAAAACAUAUUGAUAUUUAAAUAUGUUGAAUAGUUGAGAAAUAGUUAGAUUCCCACUUUGCCUUUCAGACUUUCUGAGUGCAGAAUUUACCAACUCCUUUGUGUGAUUAUGUAUGUCUGUCCCUGUUGGGAAUCUGCAGCGUCUACAGCCUAGCUCCUUCUUACUAGUCAUCUUGUAAAAGCAGGCAGAUAUAGCAGAAGGAGGGUUGGUGAUCUGAAGUUAGGAAUGUGCUUCUCCUGUGUGUUUUAACACUGUGGAUAGCCAGUGUUUGUUUCACUUAUCAGAGUGCUCUUAUCUGAAAGUACAGAUGCCUAAUGCCUCGGGAGAGAAGCUCCUUCAGGGUGUGCUACUGUGGCCAUUUUGUAUCUCCAAUAUGAGUGGUCAGAAAAAGUCAGAGUCUUUUGAGGUUCCUUUGUUGUCGGUUUAAAACAUCUGUAACAUCUGCUGCAUUGGGUGAUGUCUCAUGCUUGUUUAUAAGCCUAUUCCAGGGAACAAUGUGCACAGACACAAAAUCAUAAGGCACAGAGAGAACAGGCAGACAUUGGUUUUAAACAGUAACAAGGAGCGCAAAUCUUGACUAGAAAUAGUCCACAAAUAAGCCAACAUAUUUCAUCCAUUCACCACAGUGCAGCUUAAGCCUCACAUCUGCCUUUCUAGGCAGAAAGGUUUGUUUGAAUCUUUCCCCUGGUUAUUUAAGGGUUUCAUAGUUUAAUGUUUUUGUUCCACCUGUUUCUCUCUCUCUCUCUCUCUCUCUCUCUCUCUCUCUCUCUCUCUCUCUCUCUGUGUGUGUGUGUGUGUGUGUGUGUGUGUGUGUUCUUGUGUUCUAUAACACACUUGUGGAGGUCAGAGCACAACUUGCAAGAAUCAGUUCCAUUGUACUGUGUGGGAUGUGGGGAUUAAAUGAAGGUUAUCAGGCUUGGUGGCAAAUAUGCCCAUGUAACUGCUGAGCCUUCUCAACUGCCCUAGAGUUUUUAUUUCACAAACUGGAUGGCCAAAGUCAAGUUGAGCAAGGGUACUUUGACCUAUUUCCUCCCAAGACACUACAAUCUGUUCAAAAGCCGACUGGCUUUUUUCCCUCACAACACCUCAUUCCUUAUGUUGUUGGGGAGGGGUUCCCAGGUACCAGACUUGAUUAAUUACAUGUCAUAAGCAACAAGUUCAUCUUUCUCCAAAUCCCUGUUACCCCACUCACAAUACAGUAUUGGCCUGCUCAGUCUUACAGUGCUGCAGCCUCGCAAUAUGCUGUGCAGUUUGAGUGCCCACGUGUAGGGGAAGACUGGAUCUGCCCGUAAACUACCAUAAGUUCAUGGCUUCACAGUCAAAACAUCCCUUAAAAUGGCCCUGCAUGCUUUGUGCUCACUGCCGAGGGUCAAAAGAAUAUGGCCAAGUUGUCCACUUAGCUGUACGCCUCCAUCCAAGGGAUGCUUUGCACACACAUAGCUCUUUCCAGCUCCCGGACCUCUGUUUCUUUCAAGCCAGACUGGUCAGGCUCUGUCUCCUCCCCCUCCCAUCUUCUCUGUUUCUCCUUGUUCUUACUCCAGAUUUGCCUCUCUGGAUAGAAAAUUUUACUUUAAUUCUUUCCAUGAUUGUAUGUUUUUAUGGCUUUUUGUUUCGUAAUAUGUUUAAUAUGUUUCAUAAUAGGAAUAUGCUUUAUUUUCAGAGUAACUUAAUUUGAAUUUUAAACUUUGACCAAAGUUGAAUAUUUACAGAUUCAUCAGAGAAAAAUAAGUCUUGAAUGUCGAGACAAACUUACCCUUUCUAUCAACUUAUUGAAGUCACCAUUAAAUAACCGAUUCAAUCUGUGUGCUAGCGACAUGGCUCAGCUGUUAAGCGCACGUAACACUCUUAAAGAGGACCUGAGUCGAGAUUCAAGCACCCAUGUCAGGAUGCUCACUACUGCCUGUAAGUCUAACUCCAGGAGAUCUGACACUUCCAGUCUCCCAGGGUGCCUCCUUCACAUGGACAUGCUCAUGCAGAAACACAUAAUUACAACAAAAAUUAAAGUAGCUCUUUAGAAUUCUAUCAUUAAUUCACAAUGUUUAACAAGCUCUUAUCUAUAAAGUUUUGGACACAAUAGCCGAUAUGAUUUCUACACUUUGCGUAAGUGUAUUAACAUAUCAAAGUUAUUGCUCCUCUUGUAGAACAGUGACCAUGUGUCCUUCAUGUAGAAUAAGAAAGACACCAGGGACAUCCAUGGCAGUAAAGUCAGAAUCCUCAGCUGCAGUGGAUGUGAACCCCUGCGAGGCCCUUCCUAGCAGAGCAACCUUCCUUGUGAAGGUCUGGGAGCCAGGGCUUCCUGGAUGGCACUUUUAGUGUAAUGUUCUUAUAAUCAUUCAGUGAUUAAUGCGAAUGUGGUAUGGUGGGCAGCGUUCUCCCACCCCAGACUUUUAGUGGUGUUCCACACUUAACAAGUCCUGCAGCAGCUGGAGUGCAGCCUGAAACACUUUCUGUUUCUUCAUAAAGGGGAAUGUCUCUCAUAUGCUUUCGUACCCGUGGAUUCGAGGUGGACCCAACAGCUGUGGCUCACAGGAUAGGCCAACAAAAUUCUAUAGAAAAUGAACCUCUGCGUUGAGAACUUGGGAAAGAGAGGCUGGAAGGAAUGGUAGGCAGUUACAGCAGAAGCCAGAGUUAACCAGUACAGCCCAGCUUCCUCCACCUGAGGGCUCUGGAGGGGGCUCGCUGCGCUUGAGCCGCGGAGCACUGGAGGUCCUCUGCCAGCCAGUCCCUCUGAGUUGCUGUCUGCCCUAUGUUUUUAAAUUUCUCAGCAUUAACUGGGAAGCUGGAGAGGCUCAUGGAGCACCACGGGGUGGAGGGUGAAGUCAAAUGGACUCACUGUUCGUGUGUGUGUGUGUGUGUGUGUGUGUGUGUGUGUGUGUGUGUGUGUGUGUGUGUGUGUGUGUGUGUGUGUGUGUGUAGUGGGGGCAGCUGAAACUCUGGGCAGUUGUUAGAAUUCCUGUGAGUCUCUUCAAAGUCCCAACCCAUGGUGAUGUUGGGGCAUGGAAUGAGAUAGCUUUUCCAAGUUUAACCACAAAGGUCUGCAUCAGGAGAUGGAGGAGGUGGAGUAGCCAAAAGCUAGUAGUGGCCAGAAGCCCAAGAAAAACAUGGGUUCCAGAAGCCUACAGGGAGGAAUCAGGAAGCAAGAAGAGGGAGAUGGCAGACACGGCCUAGACUAACAGUCAGACACAAUUUGCGCAUCUCUCCACACGGGGGCACUUGAGCACGCUCGAAUGCACCAAAAUGAGUUUGUUAUUGGAAGCCCUGUGUGCUGCACAGCACUUAGUGUCAAAGGGUCCCUUUCACUGCGUCUCAAUGCCAAAAUGGGGUGGAACAAGGUUUGGAAAGAUUGUUGACCUCCAAGCGCUUUAGCAUUUCCCUGUAUUUACACACAGACAGGCAGGCUGGAGCCAGAAGUACCCUGGAAAGGCGUUAUUCCUGAAGCUUGAACUAGGCCUGACCAGGAGUUCUGUCGCCUGUUCUAGACUUGCCUUUCCUUCUUCAGAAGAUCAAAAGAAAAAAAAAUUUUUUUUUAUCCUAGGUGAUGGAAGGAGGGCGGGUCCGGGAACAAAUGCUUCCCUGCGCCUACUCCUUACAGGCCUCCCUUCUUUUCCAUGGCUCCUUCAAUGCCCUUCAACUGCAUUCCUACCCCAGGAUCUCCAGGGUCUUUGUCAAAGUUUACCAAAGACCCAAAGCCAGGAGAACAUUACUAGGUGGGAGUACCUGCUCUCGCCCAGCUCUGAACCCCCACCUCCAGCUUCCUGGGACUGGAACUCACCAGGUGCCAUCACCACAGCGGAAGCUGGGUACCCUGCUGAGAAGGGAGAGGAGGAGCUGCAAGGGGCCAGGGCGGGACCUGAAGAUGAGCUGGUAUCUAGGUGUUGCCAAAUAAUGGGGCCUAGACAUCCCCCCUCCCUUGGUGUGCUUCUGGUGUUUUCCCUUUCUUCCAUCUCUUUGGUAAGGCCGAACGUGGCCGUGGCAAGGACUUUAAAAAAAAAAAAAAAAGCAAAGCAGAAAGAGAAAGCGAUCACUCCGACCCCUGGCUUCCGUGCCGCCGGGGAGGGGGCGGAGAAGCUGAGCCAGGCAGAGUCGCUCAGCACCCAGGCGACUCGACUCGCGAGUGGCGCGGAGCGGCAGGGCUCGUCUUUUUUCUUUCUCCACCGCCUCCUUUUCCCCCCUUCUCCCUUUUCUGUUGGAGGGGGUGGGGAGAGGAAAGAGAGACAGAGAGAAAGGAAAUUUUUUUUUCCGAAGCAUCCUAACCAGUGAGCUAGCGCAGAGCGGCGGCCCAUGGCUUCGCUGUACCAAAGGUUCACCGGCAAGAUCAACACCUCGCGCUCCUUCCCGGCGCCCCCGGAGGCCAGUCACCUUCUGGGUGGCCAGGGGCCGGAGGAGGACGCCGGCUCGAAGCCCCUCGGGCCGCAGGCGCAGGCGGUGGCACCUCGGGAGCGCGGCGGUGCUGGUGGCCGGCCCCGGUUCCAGUACCAGGCGCGGAGCGACUGUGACGAGGAGGACGAGCUGGUGGGGAGUAAUCCUCCACAGAGAAACUGGAAAGGAAUCGCCAUUGCACUGCUUGUCAUCCUUGUCAUCUGCUCCCUGAUUGUCACCUCAGUCAUCCUGCUGACCCCAGCGGAAGAUACCAGUCUGUCUCAGAAGAAGAAGGUGACUGUGGAAGAUCUUUUCAGUGAAGACUUCAAAAUCCAUGACCCAGAGGCAAAGUGGAUAAGCGAUAAGGAAUUCAUCUACAGAGAACGGAAAGGGAGCGUCAUACUGCGGAACGUUGAGACAAAUAAUUCCACGGUGUUAAUAGAAGGCAAAAAAAUUGAAUCGUUAAGAGCCAUCAGAUAUGAAAUAUCCCCAGAUAAAGAGUAUGCGUUGUUUUCCUAUAAUGUGGAACCGGUAUACCAACACUCCCACACUGGAUAUUAUGUUCUGAGCAAAAUUCCUCACGGGGACCCUCAGAGUCUGGACCCACCAGAAGUCAGCAACGCGAAGCUUCAGUAUGCAGGGUGGGGCCCGAAAGGCCAGCAGCUGAUAUUUAUCUUUGAGAACAACAUCUACUACUGUGCCCAUGUUGGAAAGCAGGCGAUUCGAGUGGUCUCUACGGGGAAGGAGGGUGUGAUCUACAAUGGCCUCAGCGACUGGCUGUAUGAAGAGGAGAUUCUGAAGAGCCACAUCGCACAUUGGUGGUCGCCAGAUGGUACAAGGCUCGCCUAUGCCACCAUCAAUGAUUCCCGAGUUCCACUUAUGGAGCUGCCAACCUACACGGGCUCUGUCUACCCCACUGUGAAGCCCUACCACUAUCCUAAGGCUGGCAGUGAAAACCCCAGCAUCUCCCUCCACGUCAUCGGCUUGAAUGGACCCACCCACGACCUGGAGAUGAUGCCACCUGACGACCCCCGCAUGAGAGAGUAUUACAUCACCAUGGUGAAGUGGGCCACCAGCACCAAGGUUGCUGUGACCUGGCUGAACCGGGCCCAGAAUGUGUCCAUCCUGACCCUCUGUGAUGCCACCACAGGUGUCUGCACUAAGAAACACGAGGAUGAAAGUGAAGCUUGGCUCCACAGACAGACUUUGGCCUCGGUCAGAGGACAGAAGCCGUAGAAGCUGGCAGAAGCCUGGCCUCCUGGAAGGUCUGCUGUGGAGAGAGCUGGCAGUUAUGCAGCAUAGCAAGGAAGCCAGAAUCCCUAGAUAUCAAACAAGAGGCAAAACCUGUAUUCAAAUCCUGGGACCCAAGUCAUUUUAUCACUCAAAGUUUAUUUAACAGACUGGGGAGAUAGCUUGGCCACUAAAGGGCUUGCCACACAAACAAACAGCUGAGUUCAACCCCCAGAAGCCACACAAAUGAACACAAGGCAUGCUGGGAUAUGCUGGGAAUGGACACUGGGAAAAUGGAAACAGGAAGAACCCUAGGGCUCACUGGCCAUUCAGUCUAACCAAAUCAGCAUACCCCGGGGCAGCAAAGGAGAAAACAGAAACCCAAAAACAAGUGGACAGUGUCCUGAGGGAGCAUAGCCAAGGCUGAUCUCUGCUAUCCUAUACAUACACACACACACACACACACACGCACAUGCACAUGCACAUUACACACACUCAAUGCACACUCUCAUCUACACACACUCACACACACACACAUGCAAACACACUUGCAUGCCCACACUCAUACACACACAUGCAUUCAUACAUGCACUCACCCAUGCACACAUGCAUACACACACACACACACACACACACACACACACACAGACUUGUUUACCACAUGAGCAACUUUCCAAACACUGUCCUCCUCCAGACAUUCUGGAAGGUUCCAGGGAGCAGUGGACCUCAGAAGCUGAGGUCUGGCCAGAAUUAAUCAUAUUACUUUUAAUCUCUGUCCAAAGUGCAAACAUUUCCCCCACAAAACUAGAGGACUCUUGCCUCAUCCCUCCCAUGGUUGGCAAACAAAAGUCCAUCUAAAAAGCCAAAUUAAUGGCUGCUCUUUCUACUCCUCUUCUGUUAAAUACCACACUCCCAACUCUAAAUAGAAAAAUCAAUAUUUGCAGAUUAAAGGUUUCAUUUUAUUGCAAAUAUUCAUGAAGAUUAAAUGUCAUUUUAAUCA